UGGUGCCUCCGUCAGCUGAUGGUCACGUGGUGCUGGGCUGGUUCCUGAACGCCUUGGAUCUGGCGUUGCCGGCUUGGGCGGCUCAUGAUGCGUGGUGGGCAGGGUGCAGAGCGGGCACCGGUGCUCCAGUUUACCAACUGCCGCAUCCUGCGCGGUGGCACGCUGCUCAGGGAGGACUUGUGGGUGCGUGGGGGUCGUGUCCUGGACCCUGAAAAGCUGUUCUUUGAGGAGCGGCGCGUGGCGGAUGAGCAGCGGGACUGCGGAGGCUGCAUCUUGGCCCCGGGCUUCAUCGACGUGCAGAUGAACGGUGGAUUUGGUGUUGACUUCUCAAGGGCCACGGAGGACGUCGGUUCAGGUGUCGCCCUGGUGGCCCAGAGGAUCCUGUCUCACGGUGUCACCUCCUUCUGCCCCACUCUGGUUACUUCCCCAUCAGAAGUUUAUCACAAGGUCCUUCCUCAGAUCCCUGUGAAGAGUGGUGGUCCCCAUGGGGCAGGGGUCCUCGGGGUACACUUGGAGGGUCCAUUCAUCAGCCCAGAAAAGCGGGGUGCGCACCCCGAAGCCCACAUCCGCUCUUUUGAGGUCAAUGCCUUCCAUGAUUUGCUGGCCACUUACGGGACCCUGGACAACGUCCGCAUUGUAACGCUAGCCCCUGAGCUGGGCCGCAGCCAUGAAGUGAUCCAGGCACUGACAGCUCAGGACAUCUGCGUGUCUCUAGGGCACUCAGUGGCCCACCUGCAGGCUGCAGAGGAAGCAGUACAGAGUGGGGCCACCUUCAUCACCCACCUCUUCAACGCCAUGCUGCCUUUCCACCACCGUGACCCAGGCAUUGUGGGCCUCCUGACCAGUGACCGACUACCCCCGGGCCGCUGCAUCUUCUAUGGGAUGAUCGCUGAUGGCAUACAUACCAACCCCGCUGCCCUGCGCAUUGCCCACCGGGCCCAUCCCCAGGGGCUGGUACUUAUCACUGAUGCUGUCCCUGCCCUGGGCCUGGGCAAUGGCCAUCACACUCUGGGACAGAUGGAGGUAGAGGUGGAAGGGCUCGUGGCCUGCAUUGCAGGGACCAAGACACUGUGUGGCAGCAUAGCCCCAAUGGACGUCUGUGUCCGACAUUUCCUCCAGGCCACAGGCUGCAGCGUGGAGGCAGCCCUGGAGGCUGCAUCUCUGCACCCCGCCCAACUGCUGGGGCUGGAGAAGAGCAAGGGGACCCUGGACUUUGGUGCUGAUGCAGACUUUGUGGUGCUUGACGACGCCCUCCAUGUCCUGGCCACCUACAUCUCAGGUGAGCUGGUGUGGCAGGCAGAGGAAACCAGGCCAUGACCUCAGACCUCGGCUGGAGAGGACGCCUGGCCAGCCCCAGCUGGUCACUGAUCGGGAGGGCAUCUUCAGGAGCUGGUCUCCAGGGAACAAGUGGGAAGCCCCAUCCCACACUGGCAUUCAUAGCCCUGAGCUAGCAGCCAUCCUGGAGGUGAUGGCUUGCAUAAAUGAGCAGCGGGACUUGCCUUGUCUCCUGGUUUUGCUUGUGUUUCAUUUGGGGCCUUUGGGGAAGGUGUUUGCAUCUUGGGGCAAGGAUGGUUGUAUUCCUCAAAGGGCUUCUCUCUGAGUCCUGAUUUGCCUGAAGCCUGAAGGCCCACAGGAAAAUGUUAAGAACUGGGGGGGGAAGGGGGUUAGUGCUGCAGCCACUUCCUGUUGGAGGGCUGCAAGAAGGGGCUGUUGACUAUGACAGGUGGCUUCAAAUGUUUGCUCAAUGCCUCUGAGCUAGCUGGGCAGAUGGGAGGCCUGUUAGCCUGGUUCUGGAUUUGGACACAGCUCCAGGCACUCUGCACUUCAGAAGGGAGCCUGUGCUGUUUUGGGACUCCAGAUCACCCAGUGCUGAGUGCAGGAGUCAGUGGCCUGAGGGCCUCCAACUUGGGCCCAGGAACCCUGGACACUGCUUUCUAGCCUGCCUGGCUUGCCCAGCUCUCAGUUUUAUCAUCCAGCACCUUUUUGGUAAUUGAGGUUCCAUUUCCUUUGGUGCUGUCUCAGCAAUCCCUUCUCCUAACCUGAUCAUUGCAUGUGACAGGCUCUCUUCACCUGGUGUUUGGUGGCUGCCCUGCCUGGCACUGCUAUCUCAUAGUCUCACCAUUGCCCCUGCAACACUGCCCCCUAGUACUCAGGCAGCCCUCCUGCCUCAGCCUCCCAAGUGCUGGGAUUACAGGUGUGCACCAGCAUGCCUGGUGCCAUUAGCAUUACUUGAGCAGUACACCCAGCUUGGCUUCCCCCCACUUGGAGAGGAUGAGCGGUCAGGCUCCUUGGAUAGCUACAAGUUGGCAGACUUCAGUGCCCUCUUGGAUCUGAGGAUGGUUCUGACGUGGGGUUUAGAUGCCAGGGAGUGGGGUCAGAUCUGGGAAUUUUGUCUUACACUUCCCUUUUGGGUCCUGGAGUCAGCGACCACCCCUUUCAAUAUGGUAAAACUUCCUCUGUGUGGGAAGUUGCAGACAGAUGUUCCAGGACAUUGUUGAACAUGGUUCCUGUCAAAGGAAAUGUCUCCAGACCCAAAGCAAUAAAAAUGGUCUCUGGCUUCCUUUCACUCGUGUUUGGGGGCUAAUGGCAUGAGGACAACUGUCGGGGAAUGGGCCACCCACAGGGACACAUGGGAACCAGGUCCUGGCCCACUGGUUACACACUGUCAGCCCAAGAUAAUGAGCCUGCAGGAUGCCUGGAUCUGCCCAUGCCUCAUGCCUUUCUCGUGGCUGACCAGCUUCUGUUGGGUGCCCGGUGCCAAAGGCAGACAUAAAAUGUGGGCCAUGCACCCAGCGCCAGGCAGCCCUCACUCCAUGUGCUUCACGAGUGUUAACUCACUUCAUCCUUCUGCCGGAAAUUCAGAGGGGUCCUCUUUGUCUCCCUGACUUUGGGUACAUAGAGGAGCUGUCAGGUGGGAGGUCAGAAGGGUGGGGAGUCUGUGCUGGGACUGUUCCCACAAAGCCCAGGGGCCCAGAGCAUGUGUUGAUGGGGUGAAGACAGCCACGUAGAUGGAAAGGGGUUGGCGUGGUUAGGGGUAUGGGAGUGUGGGCAGGAAUCCUGGUGCUGUUGUGGGAGUUUGGAUUUUAUUUGAAGUGCAGGGACAGUGUGGGUGGGGUUGUAAUGGUUUUUAUUUUUAUUUUUUCCCCAGCACCGGGG